AUGCGUCGCGUCGCUGUGUUACUGUUCACCGUCAUCCCUCUCGUCUCCCCUCAGUUCCUCAACCCUUCCCAGAGAAGGGAAGUAUGGAGGAUUGGGGAGACGAAAAAAGUCACUUACAAUACGAAACUCAAGAACUACACCAUUGCUCUGUGGCAGCAGGCCAUAGCCGGAGGUUCCGCGGAACUUGGGCCUAUUCUUGUUGAUACCACAGAUGGGCCGGAGCGGGAGUUUGAAUGGAAGGUUGACUUGGAGAUGCUCGAUCUUGGCGCCUCCAACAUUUUCUUCUUCUGCGCAAAGCUCAUCGACCACGAAGACUUCGAUAACUCAGACUACAUCCUCAACAUCUUCGUCUAUUUCCUCGUCACCGACGGAACAGUCUACUACCGACCAACCUGUUCCAUCUACAACCGCGACAGGUACAUCAUCAACAGCUCAAGACCGCUCUACUCCUGCGGCAACCGCGCCGGGUCCGACGGACAAGACAAAGGCCGAAGACGGGUCGGUCAGCAAUACUGCAUCUGUCACUUUUCCGUGGACAACUCGAGCUUUGGGGACAACAAUCACUUAAGCCAGGUCAACAUCAGCGAGUUCAAUGGCCCUUUGUAUUCCGGCCCUUCUGACGACUUCCUAUCUUUGAUAUCCGAUAUCGACCCGCGAACCGAUCAAAUUCGAAUCAAGCAUCUAGCAAAUCUUGGCGAAGUCACUGUCACCUACGCUUUUGGAGAUACCACCGCCGCGGGAACUCCAUUCAGUGUUUGGCUGAAGAGCAACAGCGACAACGAGUUGCUUGUGCUCGACGACACAGGGACAGGCAAUGUUUUCUUCACUUCCAAGUUGAUUGACCAACUACAAUCGGCUGGAAGUGCAGAGCCUGGAGGUGCAGAGCCGAGGCCGAUACUUGCGUACUUCUUCUGUAAAACGCCCGAUAAUGUGGGAGCCCCACCGGUUACACCUACAAUGGUGCUGUCGGGACUACUCUAUAUGCUACUGGUCGAUAAGUGGGUGCAUGGAAGUCUCUUUAGAGACAUCCAAGCCGACUACGAGCUACAAUUGAGAAAGGCCAAAGGGACUUCAUCUGAAUUCUGGCUCCUGGCUGAAAUCCUGAAAGUCGUCUUGCAAAAACUUACUUGGGACUCCGAUUCUUCUGGAGACGAAAGCUCGAUUACUGUCGGCACAUGCGAUAUCCCGGCCACGUCAGGCGAGACUGGCAUGUUACUUUCUACAGAAUACGAGAGUACUUUGAACGAAAUUCGCACGUACCUUGAAGAAAACGCUCGCGGCGUGAUAUUCUGGGUCAAGCUUGUCCUCAACCAACUCGAACUUGAUAUCAGCAGCCCAGGUGGCUUUACUCCUCGUGGACACCUAAUGGAAACACUCAAAUCGCUACCACUCGACAUCGAAGAGUACUAUCGUUAUUUCAUGGACGAGAUUCUAGCACAUCGAGAUGCUCGCGAUCGAAUGUAUACGAGAAGAAUUCUCUUCUGGGUUUUAGGCAGUAACGGGAGGACACGACUGGAACUUCAGCAUCUACGGGAGGCCAUUGCCAUUCCUGAUGAGAACGAGAAAGAUCACCAGGAGAAUGUGACCCUGGAAGACAAAUUUGUCAUUGGAGGAGACUGGAGGGAAUUCUCACACAUCGUCCGAUACCAUUGUGGUCCUCUAGUUGAAAUCGUCGACGACUCACGCCAAGCUUUCAAGUCCACGAACACGCAGAAGUCAUGGACUGUUCAGCUUUCCCAUCACACAGUCACUACCUUCCUGCAAGUAAUGUCUCGUGGCAGGAUACCCAGUCUUAACCCGAAGCUCGCAAGAGAGCUCGAAGGGCAGCUUGUCAACAUGCCAUUCGACUUCAAGGCAUACGACGCGAAAUGCAACGGCCUCACCCCCGAGGAGCUGCAGCGGGAGUGGGAGCACUACACCCGCCUGAUCGCCGGCGCGUCCACCUCGACGGCCGUCUCCGGCAUCGCCGUCCCCUUUACCCUCGGCGUCUCGACCAUCGGCGUCGCCAUGGCCGCGCCCGCCAUCCACAACGCCCGUAAGAAGCGCGACAUCAUCGAGAAGCACCUCAACAAACACGGCGCGACCCACGUCACCCGUAAGCGCGACGUGCUAGGGAGCAUGGCCGUCAGCGGCACCAUCGGCGUCGUGACGCUGGGGGUCGGGACCACCGGGGCCGACGCCAUCGCCACCGCCGGGGCGGAACACGGAAUCUCGGCUGUCGUCGAGAACGAGACGGCGAUCAAGGUCAUUGCACACGCUGCCAUGGACGGGGUGGGGAUGGGGAUCGAGCACGCUCAUACCAGUCGCUUGAAGAAGAAGGAUGCGUUCAAGGCCUUUCGAAAAGCCGGCGUCUUCCAAGCUGUGAAGGAUGCAAAGGCGGCCGAGGCUGGCUAUUCGAUUCAACCGUACAAUCCCCAGACUUUUGCUUCCGGAAGCAACACAGCUCAAGCGCUGCCACCGCCGCAACCCACCUACGGUAGUCCGAUGUCACCGCCUCCGAGCUACCCCGCGAGUCCCGGUUACGCAUUCCCUUCGGGCUCCAAAUCACCGGCUUACACCACGAAUGCACAAGUCCAGAACCACGCGACACCGGGCCCCCCCUCGCAAUAUCAGACGCCACUUCCGCAAUACAAUUCUUAUUCGACACCUUACUACCAAACGGCCGUUCCGGCAUAUGUUGGCAAUAAUCAGUCACAUGACCCCAGCUCAACGGCUCAGCUCUACUCUUCCAACACACCAGUACACAGCCUUCCCAUUCGCACCCAAGAGCUGAAGGCAGCAUCACGAGUCCUUCCCAUGAUGUCUAUGAUAUGGGGCCCCUGGCACAAUCUCUCCCAACAUCAACUGCGGCCUCAUUUCCAACUCCCGCACAAGAACAUAGCGUGUCUCAAGUGUCUCGACAAGGCCAUCCACCGCAUGUUCACCAUACGCCAUCACACUUGGCUCAUCAGUCGCAUUGGCAGACCUCUGGGAAUCAACAGCCCUUGA